UUUAGGGAAACUGCGGUGCAUCCUGCGUUAAAAUCUCUAAAACCUGUUAAAUAAUCUGUCCAAGCAGGAAAGAAAUGUGCCUGGAGUGUGUCGGUGUGGCAGAGGUUUGAUGAGUCUUAUUAAAAGAAGAACACUGCUGUUACUCUGUAACACAUUGUGCAACUGCAAACAAGAUCAGACAGCAGGUUCUACAUGGCCAAAAGUAAAUGGACAGCUGAACCCCCAUGAUUAAUAGGUCACUGCCAAAGAUGAAUCAGUCACAUUGUUUUUGUGUUACAGGGAUCACAGUUCACUUAUUUUAAGCUCUGCCUUCUGUCUUAAAUGGUUAAAUAUGUAGCACCAUUCACAUCUACCAAACUAGUAACAGUCACCAGCUUCCUUCUGGAUUUUAACAGUUCAGUCCUCAGUAAAGCUGUAAAACUUCCCCCUGAUGGCUCAUAAAAAAUGUGGGAGUAAAUUUCUUUUUGGCAGCUUCCAUCCAUUUUAAUUUGAGAUGUACAUCUGCAACAGUACUGUAGAAUCUGGUUUACACAGAUGGCUGCAAAGUUGUUAAUAAUUGUUAAUCUGCUCCAUAAAUUUAAUGUUCUAUCCUUUAAUCAAGCAAACCGUUUCUUUCUGGAGCUGCUUUGUGCACGGGGGCGCUGCCAUGUAGAAACAGGAAAGGGACACAGAGUUGAAGGAGCACUAUUGACCCGGACGUCCACAUGUGGAAGACACUGAAACCCCAAAUGAAAGCUGCUUUAGAUAAAAGUGUCUGCGAAUGAAGAUGAGAUGGUUUUCUGUCCGCCGUGGCGUCCCGAAGGGACAGCGCCAUGAGCCGGGCGGAGAGAGGUGAGGUGACCCUGUCUCAGAUGAUCGCAGCCUUUGAGGCGGAGUGUGUGAAGGAGGCCCAGGUCAGGGGUGUGACUCUGCCGUCCGAUUGGUCAGUCAGAGGCCUGCUGGAGGAGCUCAGGGAGGCGAUGAUGGACGUCCAACCAGCCGUGCUGAAGGCAGCCGCCGGUCUGCGUCACCGUGGGUUACUGACGGCCGUGCUGGCCAAUCACUGGCUAGAUGACAGCGCGGCUGGAGACGGUCCAGCCCGCCUUCUGUCUCUGCUGGGCGGCCAUUUUGACCAGGUCCUCCAGUCCUGCCGCUCGGGUCACAGGGUCCCCGAGUCCUCCGCGUUCAGCUCUGCUCUGCGGCACCUGGGAGUGACAUCGCAGCAGGCUCUGUGGUUGGACGCAGAUGAGGAAGGUGUGAAGGCAGCAGAGGGAGCGGGGAUGAAGGCCGUCUUGGUGGAAAAUCUGGCCGACGCUCUGGACAAACUGGCCGACUUCACUGGAGUUCAGGCUGCUGGAGCAGAGAGUCCUCCGCCCUCCUGCAGCCCAGAUGAAGUGUCUCAUGGUUACGUCACCAUCGGGCCUGGUGUGAGGACUCAUUAUGUUGAAAUGGGCUCAGGUCCACCAGUUCUGCUGUGUCACGGCUUCCCUGAGAGCUGGUACUCCUGGAGGUACCAGAUCCCGGCCGUGGCAGCAGCAGGGUUCAGGGUGUUGGCUCUGGACAUGAAGGGGUACGGAGAGUCCACAGCGCCCCCAGACACAGAGGAAUAUUCUCAGGAGCAGCUCUGCCAGGAUUUAAUCACAUUUCUGGACAAAAUGGCGAUACCUCAGGUCACCCUGGUGGGUCACGACUGGGGCGGCGUUCUGGUGUGGACCAUGGCUCAGUAUCAUCCUGAGAGAGUCAGCGCUGCGGCGUCUCUGAACACUCCUCUGUUCCCCGCCGAUCCUUCUGUAACUCCUGCAGAGAGACUGAAGGCUGAACCCAGAUUUGACUACCAGCUCUACUUCCAGAAACCUGGCGCGGCGGAGGCCGAGCUGGAGAAAGACUUGGAGAGGACCUUUAAGAUUUUCUUUUUCAGCAGCGGUGAAGCGGCGAAGCGUCCUGCCGUCAGCACCGCAGGAGUCUGCGCUCGAGGUGGUCUGUUUGUGGGUCUGCCGGAGCAGAUUCCCCGGAGCUCCGUGCUGACGGAGGCCGACCUGCAGUACUACGUCAGCCAGUACAGAGAGCGAGGCUUCAGGUGGCUCAAAACAGGACACGGUAUCUGUUCACAGGCCGCUAACAUUUUCAUACAGAGUCGAUCACCGUCUUGUGUUUGGUUUCACAGGAGACCGUUGAACUGGUAUCGUAACGGGGAGGCGAACUGGAGGUGGAUGUGUUCUCGUCCCACUGCAAAGCUGCUGAUGCCUGCUCUGAUGGUGACGGCAGGUAAAGACCAGGUUCUGCUGCCGGCCUUCUCCAAAGGGAUGGAGGACUUGAUCCCGAACCUGAGCAGAGGACACAUCGAGGAGUGUGGACACUGGACUCAGAUGGAAAGGCCAGCGGAGACAAACAGCAUCCUGAUAUCAUGGCUUAGAGAGACGCACAAGAAGGCUGGAGGCGUUAAAGUGGCCCCCAAACUGUGAGGGGGGGGGAGGAGGAAGGGGGGGAGAGAGA